AGGAAGUGGCGCCGGAAGUGGGUGGACGCGCGGCCCCGGUGACAUUGUGCGCGCGAGCCGUUGCCGUUGCCGUUGCCGCUACCGCUCUCAACCGGCCCAAAGUUGGCGAGUGACGACAUGUCAAUGGCGGCGGACGCCUUCGUUAGCCAGAUGGCAGCAGCAGAGCCUUGGCCUGAAAAUGCAAUACUUUUUCAACCAUUAAAAGGGGAACAGAUUUUGCUGUCAGAUAAUGCUUCAUGCCUCGCUGUUCAGGCAUUUCUGCGGAUGUGCAAUCUGCCAGUCCAGGUGAUUUGUAGGGCAAACGCAGAGUAUAUGUCCCCAUCUGGAAAAGCACCGUUCAUACAUGUGGGUAAUCAUGUUGUAUCAGAACUUGGCCCUAUUGUGCAAUUUGCUAAAGCCAAGGGUCAUUCACUUACUGAUGGACUGGAUGAAAUAAAGAAGGCUGAGAUGAAAGCCUACACAGAACUGGUAAAUAAUAUGCUGUUGACAGCAGAGCUUUACAUACAGUGGUGCGAUGACAGCACUUCAGCAAAGAUAACUCGUUCUAGAUACGGUUCACCAUAUCCAUGGCCUCUAAAUCAUAUUUUGGCCUAUCAAAAGCAAUGGGAAAUAAGACGCAAGAUGAAAGCAAUAGGAUGGGCUGGAAAAACUAUUAAACAGGUACAUGAAGAUGUAGAUCGAUGCUGCCAGGCUCUCUCUCAAAGACUGGGAUCACAGCCCUAUUUCUUUACCCAACAGCCAACAGAACUGGAUGCCCUGGUGUUUGGCCAUUUGUUCACAAUCCUUACAACUCAAUUGACCAAUGAUGCACUUGGUGAAAAGGUGAAAAAUUACGAAAACCUCAUAAAGUUUUGUAGAAGAAUUGAGCAGAACUACUUUGAAGAGCAAGAUCGCGAAAGCGCUAUGAGUUCAGCAUCUGGGUGCUCAAGAGGCUUUUACCAUAAUAAGUAAACACGGCCAGAUGUAGCUGAGACACUGCUUGAAUUACAAUCGAGCUGGGAAGAAAGCAAUCCUUCUGAAAAGGACGGGAAAGGUACUUAGCACUGAAAGUGUUUCCAUCUGCACAAAGCUUCUCCAUUUAGUUUAAAAAAAGGCUGAUGCUCAUAGAAAAGAUAUUGACUUCUCACGUCAUGUAUUGAUGUUAGGAAAGCACAUUACAAGAGCUUGGUGAAGCCCUUUAAUUGCAGCAGCCAAUUUCCAGUGACUUACACAGAGGAAGGGCAGUAAAAGGCUUUCUGUGCAACCAGUAAAAGCAUCUGAAUAUAUAAAAAUCCAAGUUAUCAGCAAAAUCCAUAUGGUGUACUCAUGUAGGAAACAAUUAUCGAUAAGAAUAAUUUAUGCACUUAAUUGCAUUUCAUAAAAAGCCUUCUUAAUUUAUAAAAGCAUUUGUAUCCGUUUUACCGUGUGCUCUGAUUCCUGCAUCCUGACCAGAAUGAUACAAGGUCAUCCUCUGGUGUGUUUUAGCUAGCAAUCCUACUAAUUACUUCCAUUUUAUUACCACAUCUGACCACACCUAACUACUAUUUUGGUUGGUGUAUUAUGUCAAGCUUUUACUGACAAGACAACAGCCAUUUACUUCACUGACCUCUGAUCUUGGAUAUAAACUGAUUUGGAAUAAAUGUGAAUUGUCAGUUUCCCGCAUUGUUUUGGAACUCAAUUUAGUGACAAUGUGAUAAUUCUAAAGGAAACCUAUAAUAUGUUUCUCUAUUGCAAUAAAACUGUCAGCAAUAUUUAA